GGGACGGGGGCGGGGACGCGGGCGCGGGCGCGGGUGGCGUCGAGCUGCAAAGUGGGCAGGAUGAGGAGGAUAGCGGCAAGAGCAAGAGCAAGGGGACGUUUUGGAUGGAUGGCGAUGGAGCUGGUGCGGAUGCGGAUGCGGAUGCGGAUGCGGAUGCGGAUGCGGAUGCGCUGGAAGACUUUUUGAGCGCAAAGCAUGAGCGCAUGCGACGUGGCGAUGCGAAGAGUUGGGGAGCGAAGCGCAACGGCGAUGGGGUUGGAGCACGAGCACGAGCACGAGGGCACGAGCACGAAAAGGACAGCGCAACUGCACGCGCCGUCUCACCGCCACCUCACCUGGUAGGACAGAUCGUAGAGAUGGGCUUCUCACCGGCAGACGCUCGUAGAGCUUUGAAGAGCACGCAGACGGGCUUGGAUGUGCAGAUUGCGAUGGAAAGCCUAUUGGCUGGUGGUGGUAGUGCUGCUGCUGCUGGUACUCGCGAUGGAAGUGCUGCUCUUGCGAGACAUACACACGAGGAAUGGAACGAUGAUGCGGCUUUCGAUGGAGAGGCGCGACGAGCUGCUUUGCAACGAGCCAAGUGGGGCGCAAGCGGGGAUGCGAGCGUGCGGUCGAGGCACACUGCAGCUGCAGGAGCAAAUUUGAGUGCGCAUCGACGCGUUCGAGCAGCAGCAGCAGGAGGAGGAGCUGCGGUGCAGCGGCAGCAGGAAGAAGAAGAGAGCAAGGAUUGGAACAAGCAGACGGAAGCUAUCUAUGCGCAGGCUAGCGAGUUGGGGGCUGGAUUUUUAAAGAGCGCAAAUAGCUUUUGGACGAGCGCUAAAGAGGCUGCUCAGAAGGCUUAUGAGGAACAGAAAGCUAGGAGCAAUACGGCUUCCCCCAUGCCCGGAUCCGGUUCGGCGGCGCUCGAUAGACGAGCCAGUACGAGCGCGGAUGCGGGUGCGGGUGCGGGUGCGGGUGCGGGUGCGGGUGCGGGUAGACGAUUUGAAAGAGAAGAGACGAGCAAGUUUAGCGAAAAAGCCUGGAAUCGACGUUGGGGAGGUAGAAAGGAAGCACAGAUGGAUCUGAGCGGAAAGCCUAGAUGGAUGGUGGAAGCCGAGGCUAUGCAGAGGGCUGAAGAGCAAGGAGCUACGUCGCCCAUCACGCCGGACGUUGCUGCGUCGAAGGAUGCACCGACAAGCUCUUUCAAGGAUUCGGAUGGGGAGGAGGAGCACGACGGAGCUGAUGACGCGUCCAACGUGCCCACCAAGAAAUCGACGCGACAAGCCGCACCACAGAGGCCGACGACGACUACCACGCCGGAAGUUGCGGGCGAUGUGGACCUUUGGGAUUUACCUGCGCAACAGGCGCCUCAACAACAACAACAACAACUGUUGUCCGCUGCACGACCGCCUAGCGCAGCAGGCCAACCGCGCGCACCUUAUAUCUCUCCAGCUCGUCGAGCUGUACGACCCUCGACGAGCAAGACGCAUUCCGCUCCUGCCGUCGGCGCUGGCGUUGCGUCUGGCGGCACGCUGCGAAAAAAGCGCAGAGCAGUGCAAGAGGAGGAGGAGCAGAGCGGCGUGUCGCAGGUUUCGGAAGCGUGCAGGGUGCGGGGUAAUGAGGCGUAUAGAAGGGGAAAUUAUGCAGAGGCGGAGGAGAUGUAUAGCAAGGCUUUGCGGGAGCUUGGACCGGCGGCUAGUUUGAGGAGCGUGGGAUUGAGGAACAAUAGGGCGUUGGUCAGGAGCAGGAAUGGGGAUGCGAUGGGAUGCGUGGAGGAUGCGUCGAUGGUUGUGCGGAUCGUUUUGGAGAAAUCGCUGGUGGGGCAGGAGCAGGAGCAGGAGCAAGAGGGAGAGAUUUAUAGACCUUCGAUGGAAGAAGCUUUACCUGAUCCAUUGGCGGGACAGAUCAACCUGAGGGAAGCUUAUGCCAAAGCCGUGCUUCGAAGAGCUCAAGCUUACGAAACGAUGGAGAAGUGGAGAGAGGCGCUAAAGGAUUGGGAAAAGCUUGGGUUGUACGAGAGGCUGGAGGGCAGCGGAAAGGGGGGAGCUGGGAAUGUUAGGAGUGCUGAACAGGGCAAGAAGAGGUGCGAGGAGAUGUUGCGCGGAUCUGGUGCCGCUAUUGCUGCUGCUGGUGCUUCGUCGGCAAGUGCGAGUGGUGCAGCAAAGAGCAAAGCGUCUGCUCCCGCGAGGCCCGGUCCCACGCCUUCUGCGCGCAGAGCACAAACGGAAGCUGUCAAUUUGGCAGCUCAACGAGCAGCGCUGGCCUCGGCCGAACGCGCCUCCAAAGCAGCGGCCGAAGAGAGCGCCAAAGACUUGGCCAAGGAUUCGGUGGAUGGCAAAAUUUCGAGUUGGAAGAUGGGCAAGGAGAAUAAUGUCAGAGCAUUGUUGGCCAGCGUGGAGCUGGUGCUUUGGAAGGAACUGGAAUGGAAAAAGUUGGGCAUGCACGAGCUCGUCACGGAUGCGCAGGUAAAAAAGGCUUAUACGAAGGCCAUGAUCAAAUUGCACCCUGACAAGCUUACACCGCGCAACACUACCGUCGAGCAACGCAUGAUUGGUACGGCCGUCUUUGCGGCCAUCAAUGACGCUUGGGUAGUCAGUCAGUCAAAGAAGUGAAGAAGCGAAAUAGCACAGUCAAAAUUUCUCCCAUAGACACUUUACAUUCAGCGAAAUCAUAAUUCAGCAAGCCU